CGAUCGCUGGUCGUCGCUCGCGCAAUCCGUCAUUUUUCAGCCUCGCAAACGGAAUUACAUAAAAGUGAAGUGGCAGAGCUGAAAAACAUUUCGGUAAACUUUUUCCGCUUUUCCGAACGAUGGCAUCGUUACUGCGUUCGAUUUCCGCAGUUGCCCGCAGCAGCAUCUUGAGCGGAAAUGUAGCUCUAUCCCGUGCAGCUGUCGCUCCAUCGUCGUCCAUCGUGAGAUUCAAGUCGGAAGCUGCCGCUGAAACACGACCAACUGUCCGCAAGCCAGAUGUCGUGGCCCGCUCGGAUUUGGCCGACUUUGGAAAGUACGUCGCCGAAUGUCUCCCGAAGUACGUACAGAAAGUGCAGCUCACUGCCGGCGACGAGCUGGAAGUGCUGAUUGCCCCGGAGGGCGUCGUGCCAGUGCUCCAGUUCUUGAAGGAUAACCACCAGGCUCAGUUUGCGAACCUGGUCGACAUCGCCGGAAUGGAUAUCCCCAGUCGCCAGUACCGUUUCGAGGUGAUCUACAAUAUUCUUUCCCUUCGGUACAACUCGCGCAUCCGGGUCAAGACCUACACGGACGAGUUGACCCCGAUUGAUUCGGUCAACGAAGUCUUCAAGGCGGCCAACUGGUACGAGCGCGAGAUCUGGGACAUGUACGGUGUGUUCUUCGCCAACCAUCCCGACCUGCGCCGUAUUCUGACCGAUUACGGUUUCGAGGGUCACCCACAACGUCGCGAUUUCCCGUUGAGCGGAUACGUCGAGCUGCGGUAUGACGACGAGAAGAAACGGGUCGUCUGUGAACCACUUGAAUUGGCUCAGGAGUUCCGCAAGUUCGACCUGUCGGCACCGUGGGAACAGUUCCCGAACUUCCGGGAUGCCAAUCCGCCCACCGAAGAGGUACCCACUAAGCCAGAGGAAAAGAAGUAAGAAUUUAGGGGAGAGAGAUCCGUUGUAUAUGCAAUUUUCGAUGAAAACGAAACGUAGAAGUUGAUGAAAUCAAUUA